GAUCGUUUAAAGCAGCUUUUGAGGAAACACUGACACAGAAACACUUUCCCUGAAACACACACCUGGCUCUUCGGUACACUGUGAGGAGUUGAGGGAUGCAGCUGGUAAUUUUCUUCCUGAUGAUACUGACUAACACAUAUGCAGAUUAUCCUGCAUUAAAAGCUGUUCUGUCAGAAAAGGGUCUCAGAGAUGUGUCUCAAAUGAUGGCUGUUUGGAUACAAAACAAACUGAAGACUAUUGAAAUCCCAGAGAUCCGGGGUGGGGUGGACAUUGGGAUCGGCACUGUACAUUAUGUCAUCUCAAACAUGCAGGUUGUGCAGUGCAGAAUGUCAGGCCCAUCAAUGGAGUUUGAACAGGGAACAGGUGUAUCUGUGGAGGUCAAUCAACUCUCAUUAGCCGUCACAGGAAGCUGGUCAACACGGUUUGGCAUCAUCCAUGACGGUGGCUCAUUUGAUCUGGUCGUCUACAAUAUCAGAAUCCAAACCCUCCUGGGGUUAGGAGAUGAAGCUGGUCGUCUCUCCAUCACUACCAUUUCCUGUAGUGAUAAUGUAGGAGGUGUGGACAUUCAGUUCCAUGGAGGUGCUAGCUUUUUUUUCCAGCCAUUUGUAAGUUCUUUCAAAGGACAUAUCUCAGAGAUGAUACAUGAGAGGAUUUGUCCUGCAAUUCAACAAGCAAUCAGUGAAUUGGAGGAUAAUCUACAGGAAGUAACUGUCAACAUAACUGUGGAUAAGUAUAUAUAUCUAAGCAUCCUUCUCACAUCCUCCCCGGCUGUGACCGAUCAAAGCUUUGAAUUAGAUAUUAAGGGGGAGUUUUACAGCAUCAGUCAUCCAUCUGAACCACCUUUCUCUGCAAGUGCAUUUUUCGUUCAGUAUGCGGAAAACUACAUGCUUUCACUGGCUGCAUCGGAGUUCCUUGUAAAUUCAGCAGCUUAUGCAUUCCUAAGCUCUGAGGUUCUCCAAAUCAACAUUACAGACAACAUGAUACCGAAGAGUUUCCCAAUACAUCUGAACACCAGCCAGUUUGGUGCUUUCAUUCCACAGCUGCGCACAUUAUAUCCCAACAUGGAGAUGCAGGUGCUCUUAUAUGCCAGUAAGACGCCACUAUUCUCCUUCAGUUCAGGGAUGAUAGACCUUCAUGUAUCUGCUGCAGCCAAGUUCUCAGCUGUUCAACCUGAUGGCAUGCUGGUGCCUCUUUUCAGACUGGAUGUGGAUGGCAGCUUCAGUGGAAGUGCUUUGAUUGACAAUAAACACCUUACUGGAGAUUUUAAAAUGAAAAAUUUAACACUGACUGUUGGAUCAUCUGAGAUUGGUGAUUUCAAGACUGCCGUGAUCGAGCAAAUGUUAGUGAUUGCAGUAAACAGUUUUGCAAUCCCAAAACUAAAUGAUUACCUGAAGACUGGCUUUCGUCUACCCACACUGCAGCACUUUAGUUUGGUUAAUUCUAAAUUGCUUAUAAAAAAUGGCUUUGUGGUCAUUUUUACUGAUGUUGAAGACUCUUGGACAGUCUAAAUGAAAACUGAGGUCUAAAUGUCUUGAAAUAACCACUUAACUGGAGUCAAUCUGCCUGGAUAAGUAAUCUGGCUUGCAAGGAAGGGUGGUGUGUUCAGGGACAAAAUUCCCUCAUUCCCUCAUGAUCCAUUAUCUGUCAUGUUUAUGUUGUGUUCUAUUGACUUAAGUCAAGUCAUUAAGUUUUUAUUGUUGGUGUAUCCUCCUCCCCUAUGUAAAUUUCUGGUUCUUUAUUGCCUUGGUUUUUGAUUGUCAAUUAUUCCAAUUUGUACUGUUUAUGCACAUCUGCUUUUAGUCUUGGUCUCUAUAUACAUACACACUCUGGAUGUGUGUGUGGCCUCAUUCACUGUUCCCUACAUUAGUCAUCUAAUAGAUUACAGUUGAAAGAGUGAAUGGAAAUGAGUAAGUAUAUUCAGACACUGAGUGUGCGGGAAGGGCAGCCGCUUUUCUGUAGUUUAUGCUUGCUUUUUAAAAAUUAUUUGAAACCUAGCAAUCUGGCAGCUCCAGUAGUUAAGGAAAAAUGCCCUAUUAAAAUGUUAUAGGGUGUUAUUUCGGACACAUCCUCUGAUUCGUUCUGUUCAUUGUCUGUUCUUUUUUAAAUGUAGCCAUGUUUCAUUAAGCUAGUCAAUCUGUAGUGUUUUUGCUGUUCUUUUGGACAUAAUGUUCUUUUUACCUUUUAUCUUGUAUUUUCUUCCAUGCUUAAUAAAGCUGCAAAUAGAUCCAUA